AUGACCACGUGUUAUGAGCCUGUGGAGUGUACACCAUCUCCUUCUACAGCCAAACAGCACAGCAAAGAACCAAUCGAUCACAGUCAGUUAUUGGUCAAAGACAUUAGCGCUUUAUAUCUAGAUAAAAGAUUUUCUGAUGUUGUUUUAAUUGUCGAUGGGGUACACUUGCCAGUCCACCGUGCUGUUUUAGCUUCGCGCAGUGAAUAUUUUAGAUGCUUAUUGUUCGGAGGUCUUCAAGAAUCCGAAGGGCCAGAAGUGAACAUUAGUGAUGCACCAUUGGCCACGUUUAAAAUAAUUCUUUAUUAUAUUUAUACUGGUCGGAUGAAUUUAAGUGAUCUAAAGGAUAAAGUUAUUGUGGAAUUAUUUAGUCUCUCGAAUUUAUAUGAACUCUCAGACUUACAAUACACACUGUCCCAGUAUUUAAGCAAUAACAUAAAUGAACAUAAUGUAUGUUCUUUGUUUGUUAUGUCACGACUUUGUCAGCCCAAAACCUCCGUGGUAAAAUCACCCGAAUAUCUGCUCAAUUUUAUCGAAACUCACGCUUUGGAUGUAUUGCAAUCAGAAGAUUUUCUAAAUUUGUCAGCCGAAGCACUUCAAGAAAUUCUCACUCGUGACUCGUUUUUUGCCAACGAAUUGGAUAUAUUUCGUGCGGUUUAUCGCUGGAUCCUUGAAAACCAACUCUACAUCGAUUCUGAUGUCAUCAACAAUGUUUUAUCUGCUGUUAGAUUCCCAUUGAUGAAUGAUGAAGAACUGAAUGAGGUUAGCGUAUCAAAUCUGGUUAGUUCAGAGAAAAUUUUGUAUGCCAAGUUGUUACGAAACACGGUGUCGCCACAUGACCUGCAGCUUCGAGUACAGCAAAAACUAUCGUACGAUACUGAAAGAUGGGACUCAUUGAAAAUCGAAAAUGGAUUCGUGGUUCCCAAGUAUAAUGUUGCUGUAAAAUCUUUGAAUGCAAAUGUAGAUGUCGGUGAAUCGAAUGAAUCAAGAUUUUUCCUACUUGAACCCUACUAUAGUGACUAUAAUAACUUUCGGUAUAACAAAUAUACAUGGCAUAUUCCGGGAUCAGGUUGUAUUCAGAUUCAACUUUCACAACCUUAUAUACUCAGUUCAAUGAGAAUGCUGCUUUGGGACCAGAGGGGCCUAUACUACCAUUACACUGUAGAAGCUUCUUUCGAUAACCAGGAAUGGGUAAUGAUCAUAAACAAUUCUAAGAAACGGACACAUGGUUGGCAAGUGUUACAUUUUAAACCCAGGCCGAUUGUAUUCAUUCGUAUUACCGGCAAGGACAAUCCAAAAUACUGGAUUUUUCAUUGUGUAUAUUUUGAGGCUCCCGCUCAAGUACCAUUAGAUUCCACCAACUUUGAUGACGGUCAUUGUGUAACACAUUAUUGGGAAGACAACGAAACAGAUAUUACCAUGACUGAUGCAUCGGGAAGUUGA